AUGGCCACACAUCCCACCCUAGACUCUCUCACCGAGAGCCAGCUCCAGGCACUCUACACGGCCCAUUACCGGGCGACCACGGCCCGGAUCCGAGUCGCCGGCGGUGCUCGACCGGUCCGCAUCCCCGGCACCGCCGCGGCGCUCGCCUGGGCCAGCGACAAGCAGAUGCACAACGGCGUGCCCGUCGGCGCCCUCGCCCCGAGCGACGACCCCGCCGCCGCCGUCCGGGCCGUGAUGGAGCAGUCGCCCUCCCCCUGCCACUGGACCGUGUGGCCCGCGCCGCAGCCGCGCCUCGAGCAGGCGCUGCUGCGCCACGGCUUCGUCAUCGACGACGACGAGCCCGCCAUGGCCGCCGCCCUUGACGAGGACGCGUUGACGGCACGGCGCGCGCAGGCCGUGGCCGCCGCCGGGCCCGGCUUCGCCAUCACGCCGGUCGAAGACGCGCAGGCCCUGGACGACUGGGUGGCCACCUGGGGCGGCGACGACACGCCCGCGGAGGUGCUCGACCAGUCUCACCAGGUGUACAAGGUCCUGCUCGCGGAGCUGCCGCGCGACGAGUUCGGCAUGUUCGUCGGCCGUGUGGACGGCAAGCCGGUCGGGACGGGCAUCGUGUUCUGCGCGGAGGGCCUGGCGGCGGUGCACUACAUCGCCACGCUGGCGGCGUUCCGCCGGAGGGGCAUCGGCAGGGCGCUGACGCUGCACGCGAUGGUCGCCGCGAGGCGGGCGGGAUACCGGAUCGCGGUGCUGACGGCGAGCGAGGACGGCCGGGGCGUGUACAGGGCCCUAGGCUUUGGGGAGUUUGGAAAGCAGACGACGUAUCUACGUGGAUGA